CGGCUAAGCUCCGCGUUCAGCUGCCGGGAGCCAGGAAAGUAGGGAAAGGAAAGCACCCCAAAGCGGGUCGCUUUGGGGAACCUCGGGAAUUUGAGCCGGGCUGCGUCCAAGGGCUGGCAGUCGUUCCCAGAAAAAAAAAAAAGGGUAGAAAAAGAAAGUCUUUCCACGUUCAGCCCGGCUUGGUUGUGGGAAGUUGCCCAUUGCUCUAAGGGAGCAAAGCAGGGCGGGGACGGACUGAAACGACGGGCAAGCGUGGUCGUGGGGAAGCAACAGCCUUGGGCGCGCGCGGAGCUUUCUUUGAAAAGCCAGAAGCAGCGCCGGCUCGUGUCUCCCUUCCCCUCCUCGGAGCUGCUACUUAGUAGGCGGGGGGGAGCAGGGGCGGGUGCGAGAAGAGGACAGAGGGCUCAGCCUCUGGAGUCUCCACGCGGAGUUAGCGAGGGAAAGCGGAGAGCUUGGCCGGGGCAUCCUUCCGAGAGGAUUUCGGCGGGAGAGCCACGCGAGACCUGUCGCCUUCCGAGUUUGCUUCUUACCCCCCAUCCCAAGACGGCGCAGCAGAAGCAUGGCAGCGGAAGCCUCUGCCGUUCCCAGCGACCGGAAUCAGACCUGGGAUUCGCCCUGGCUGGACUUCAAUGCCUCCAGGUCCUCCCUCCAUCAGUCCUCAGAGAAAGAGCAAGCCAGCUUCCUCUCUGAGAUCGGCGUCGAGAAUUUCAUCACCCUGAUUGCCUUCGGCCUCAUUUUCACCCUGGGCGUGAUGGGCAAUUCCCUGGUCAUCACGGUGCUGGCCAGGAGCAAGCCGGGCAAACCCCGCAGCACCACCAACAUUUUUGUGCUCAACUUGAGCAUCGCUGACUUGGCUUAUUUACUCUUCUGCAUUCCUUUCCAGUCUACCGUGUACAUGUUGCCCAAUUGGUCUCUGGGUACCUUCAUCUGCAAGUUCAUCCACUACUUCUUCACCGUCUCCAUGUUGGUCAGCAUAUUUACCCUGUCGGCUAUGUCGGUGGACCGCUACGUGGCCAUUGUGCAUUCCCGGCGCUCCUCAUCCGUGCGAGUGUCCCGUAACGCGCUGUUGGGGGUAGGGGUCAUCUGGCUUCUCUCUAUUGCCAUGGCUUCCCCUGUGGCUCACCACCAGCACAUUGUCCAUGAAAAAUUCCUCAACCAGACCUUUUGUUGGGAAGUCUGGCCCAAUCUCCAGCACAAGAAAGUGUAUGUCUUGUGUACCUUCAUCUUUGGCUAUUUGCUACCUCUGCUGCUCAUCUCCUUUUGCUAUGCCAAGGUCCUCAAUCAUCUGCAUAAGAAGCUGAGGAACAUAUCAAAGAAGUCAGAAGCAUCCAAGAAGAAGACAGCUCAAACUGUCCUUGUGGUUGUAGUGGUUUUUGGGGUAUCCUGGCUGCCACAUCACAUCGUCCACCUCUGGGCCGAAUUUGGAGACUUCCCCCUAACUCAAGCUUCAUUUUUCUUCAGAAUAACAGCACAUUGCCUGGCUUACAGUAAUUCUUCAGUGAAUCCUAUUAUAUAUGCAUUCCUUUCGGAGAAUUUUAGGAAGGCCUAUAAGCAAGUGUUUGAGUGUCAGAUUGGUCACAAUUCGCCUCUGAAUGAUGUGAAAGAUAAUAAGAGUAAUAUAGAGACACCUCCAUUUACUAAUUCUACACAUGUUUGAAGAAUGAAUGUGGUUGGCUUUUCUGCUGCAAUUUCAUAGGAAUGGACUUGCUCUAGCUGCUUUUAUUUAAAAAAAAACCACAAUUCCCAAAGUGAGGAAAUAUUUCAAGUUUUGUAUUGGUCAUUGGUAUCCAACUAAUCAAAGUUCAAUUUAUUUUGUUGUUGAAAGGAGUAAGAAAAUCUGAUUCAUAGACAAAAUACUUUAAUACCCUUCUUUCUGAAAGAAUUUUGAAUGAGAGUUGUUUUUAAAAUUAAAACAGAAAUCAAAUAAUAUUAAUAUAUAAGUCAUGUUGCUUAGUAUAUUUAUGUUAUGCUUAAAAUAUUAUUUUCUUUCUUAUACAAAUUUUUUUCUCAAUAUGUAUAUUUCAGUUUGUGUGUAUCCCAAAUGAAAUGGGGUUCAAAUUGAACCAGAAGAAUUUGAAUAGUUGAACUGGAAUAUCCUACUAUUUUCAAGAAUUGUGGUAUCUACCAAAGCUACAUGUGAUUAUGGGGAUUCUGCUACAUCGUAACUGAAAAAAUGGUCAUAAGUCACUUUUUUCACUGAUGUUGUAACUUCAGAUGGUCACUAAAUGAAUGGUUGUAAGUCGAGAACUAUCUGUAAAGUAACUCUUGCAUAAAAUUAGUUUGCAUAGACACAUGUUUAGAUUUUAAGGAAAGUAAUUCCAAAUUAAUAGUAUUGUAAUUCAUAUUCUGCCUCCAUCAAUAAUUUUAUGCAUAGCAUACAGUUUGCUUACUUAUUUAAACAAUUCUGUAACUCGGAUCCAUGCUAAUUAUUUAUCUCCCUGGUUUAUGAUUAGAGUACAUUUCAAACUAGUUGAUUUUUUUCUGAUACUUGAUAUUUACAUAAAGUGUAUAAUGUCAGAUACAAAUUAUGGGUGGUGAACUUGAUUAUUUACUAUAAUUGCCAAGAAGGUGGUAAAGGUGCUUCAUAUGCAUUUAAUAGGAGGACUAGAAUAGGUAAUGAGCUGACAUAUAGCUGCUUUCAUUCAUACCUACUAGUUACUUCUACUGUAAGUGUGUUUGACAAAGGCAUGGGAUACCUUCCUGUACAUUUUGUGAUGAACUGAAAGAAACAUAAUUAUAAUGGAAAACUGACCCUAUCAAGCAUUUUUUUAAAAAAAAUACGGUUUUUAAACUUCAAAUCUGUUCUACAGAUCUGACAUCUGUAGGGAGUACCUAGUUCAUUGUUGCAUGUUACAAAAUGCUGUUUCUCCAUUUUGAUGAGUUCCUUGGCUCUGAUCAUUCUGAAACAAACGGUCAAAAUAUUCCAAUGGUUGUAGAAUAAUAAUAAUAAUAAUAAUAAUAAUAAUAAUAAUAAUAAUAAUAAUAAUAAUAAUAAUAAUAUCAGGUCAGAUGCCGGAAGACCAACUGUAACAAGGAUGAAAUGAUAACAGGCAGUGUUAGAAAGAAAAGAUGCAGAACUCAAAGCACAGGUAAUCCGCACUUAAUGAAGGCCUCAUUGGCUGACAGCUUGAAGUCAUGUCAAUGCUUAAAAAAUAACUUUACAACCAAUGCCUGCAUUUGUGACCUUUGCAGCAUCCUGCAGGGAUGAUCUAUAUUGUACACAUUGUGUUGUGCUUAACCUAUUGUUGUUGUUUUUAUCCCAUUGUAGAGUGGAAUUACUGAAGAGGAAGAAAUUACAAGAGAGUAAGCAGCCACCCAGUGGGGAAUGCACAUUCAAAGUAAUGCUGCAGUGAACCAGCUAUGCAAACAGCCUGUAUAUACCCCACUGGGUGCCUUAGUGUUACGGAUUUCCUAAUUAGAUGUGUUUUUAUCUGUUAAUUUCAGCACAUAGGGAU